UCUCUCAUUCCUGUCUGCACAAAGAACUCAUCUUUUUCUAACUCUCUUUCUUUCCUCAGAAUCUCUCAUUGAAAAAUCUUCCCUGUUUUUACUGUUUCUAUCUCAAGAAACCCAUACAAAAAUCCAACAAAAAAUUAAAAGAAAAAUCCAAGAAUCAUGUCUUCUCCAAGCAAACGCCGAGAAAUGGAUUUGAUGAAGCUGAUGAUGAGUGAUUACAAGGUGGAGAUGAUUAAUGACGGCAUGCAAGAGUUCUAUGUUGAAUUCCAUGGGCCCAAAGACAGUCCUUAUCUUGGAGGCAUGUGGAGGAUAAGGGUGGAGUUGCCAGAUGCUUAUCCUUAUAAAUCUCCAUCCAUAGGCUUUGUUAAUAAGAUCUAUCAUCCAAACGUUGAUGAAAUGUCAGGAUCGGUGUGUUUGGAUGUUAUCAAUCAGACAUGGAGUCCCAUGUUUGAUCUUGUGAAUGUUUUUGAGGUGUUCCUUCCGCAGCUUCUUUUGUAUCCCAAUCCAUCAGACCCGUUGAAUGGAGAGGCUGCAGCUUUAAUGAUGCGCGAUCGAAACACUUAUGAACAAAGAGUAAAAGAAUAUUGUGAAAAAUUUGCCAAGCCCGAAGACGCAGGGGCAGCCCCUGAGGAGAAAUCGAGCGACGAAGAGCUGAGCGAGGAUGACUAUGAUUCCAGUGACGAGGCGGUGGCGGGCCGCGCCGAUCCUUGAUGUUGGCAUAUGCCUAUUGUUCAAAGUGUCUGUAGUUGUGUACCUGUACAUGGUAUUAUUAUAUACCUCCAAACCCCAACUCUCUACAGAAGGCCCAUCUGUGUUAUUGAUCUCAACCCUCUGUUACUUUGUAAAUAAAAUCUGACUCUUGGGCUCUUAA